AUGAAUCUCCUCGCAAUAGUCAUCCCGCUCCUCCUUUCCAGCAUCUCACUCAUCAUCAACCACAUCGCGCAACCCCCGACCAACCUGCGACCCAAGGUCUUCGUGGUCGGGCUCUCCAAAACCGGCACGACAUCGGUGGGCAAUGCCCUGGCGCUCCUCGGCUAUCGCCGUAUGAACUGGAAGGACGUCCGUAGUCGCCAGCUGGUGCACUCCUUUAUGCACGGCGAGCAUGGCUCGCUGAUCGAGCUGACAAAGUACUAUGAUGCCUUUGAGGACCUGCCCUGGCCCUUCAUGUACGAGGAGCUGGCGGAGAUGUAUCCCGAUGCCAAGUUCAUCCUCAGCCUAAGAAAGGACGAGCAAACGUGGCUGCGAAGUAUGCAGAAGCAUCAGAGCCGGGGCGUGUGGGCGCCGGCGGUGCAUUUUUACGGCAGCCAGGAUACCGAGGGAGAUCGGGAGGUGGUGCUGAAUGCUUACCGGAAUCACACGGCGAAUGUGCGCCGCUUCUUCCAGAACAUGCCCGAGCGGUAUGUGGAGUUGGUGGUGGAUGACGCGGGCGAGGUCAGUUGGGAACGAGUGUGUCGGGUCGCACAGUGUCCGCCAGGGGGGAGACCGGCCAUCAGUUUCCCAAAAAGUAACACGGUGGCGAGUUGGAAGGACGACAGCUUCGUGGGUAGCGUGCACGCUGUAUGGAGACGGAUCAUGGCGGGGAUGGAGGAGGCGCUGGUGGAGAUCUAUUACCACCGGGACUGGUCAUGGCCGAAAACCAUGAUGGAGAGGGGAUGGCAGGUCGUUACGAAGAUCGAGAUGGCGUGCUGCAAUUUGUAUUGGCGGCAUGCUGGGCAAAAUGGGCCGGCGUUGGGCUUGGGAAGUUGA